AUGGCUCAGAGGAAAGCUCGGAGCUGCUGCGGCUGCCUGCGGGCUCCUAUGAAUGAAGACAACGCACGCUUCUGCCUUCUGGCUGCUCUCAUCCUGCUCUACUUACUGUGCGGCGCUGCCAUCUUCUCUGCUCUUGAACACCCCUUUGAGCUUGUGGCUCGCAGACGCUGGAAACAACAGGUGGAUAACUUCACCCAGAGACACCGGGUGAACCUGGGGGCUCUGCACACUCUGCUGAGACAGUACGAAGAUGCCAAUAGAGCGGGCAUCCGAGUGGACACGCUCAGGCCACGCUGGGACUUCUCUGGAGCGCUCUACUUUGUGGGAACUGUGGUCUCCACUAUUGGCUUUGGCAUGACAACACCGACAACCAUUGCUGGUAAAAUCUUCCUGAUCUUUUAUGGUCUGAUCGGCUGUGCUUCCACCAUCCUGUUCUUUAACCUGUUCCUGGAGCGCAUCAUCACCAUGUUGGCCUACAUUAUGCGCUGGUGUCAUGAGCGCCGGCUGCGAUGUGCCGGAGUGGAGACAAGUCGAGAAGAGCUGGAGGAGGAGGACAGUCUGGAGGGCUGGAAGCCCUCUGUGUAUUAUGUGAUGCUGAUCCUUGGGUUGGCUUCAGUUGUGAUCGCCUGCAGUGCUUCCACACUGUACAGCUCAAUGGAGAACUGGAGUUACAUAGACUCGCUUUACUUCUGUUUUGUGGCGUUCAGCACCAUUGGCUUUGGUGACCUGGUGAGCAGUCAGAGGCAGCAGUAUGAGUCUCAAGCCCUGUACAGCUUUGGGAACUGUUCUCUGCAGAUCUGCUCCCACUGUGCCACAAGCUGCUGGAAGUUCUGCUGCCCCUGCCUUUAUAAAAAGUCCCGGCAUCGUACUCGGCUUCCCCAACGUCUGAUCCAAAAACGCUUCAGGUGCAACACUGUGCACCCAGCGUCCUCUCUCCGCCCGCCAGGGAGGCGCCGCUGCAGAGACUCCGUGGACACGGUGUUUGAGAGUGAGGCUGAUGGAGCCAUAGACGCUGCCGUGCAUCUGGGCAGACGUAUGUCUGGAGAGAUGAUCUCCGUCAAUGAGUUCAUGGUGUCCAAUAAAGUGUCUCUGGCCCUGCUUCAGAAGCAGCUGUGUGAAACUGCUCACCAGGGGCCGAGACCAAGCUACGUGCAACAGAACGGCUUCUCCGGGGGAGUAGGAGCUCUGGGCAUCAUGAACAACCGUCUGCAGGAGACCAGUGUGGACAGGUAG